AGUGCGCGUGUUUCCGGCGGACAAUAACAAGCGCUACACCGAGACUGGUGAGCUGCAGCAGGGUCAGUGAUAGCAAUGUGGAGAAAGUUGCUGUGUACUUCGGGGGUCAGUUUGCAGACCGGGCGCGUGUUCGGGAUUCGAGAACGCGCUGUCCGGGCUGCGUUCUGCGAUUGGAACGCGGUGUUAGCACGGCCCGGAGUUCGAACGCCAGCAGUCGCGAGUUUGCAGCCGUCUGCAGACGGCACGGACCCCGGAAAGGGCGGGGGUGGCGCUCACAGUAGCUGCUUUUUUAGGAAAUACAGCACAUCAAAGACAACUGUGGAAUCUGGUGAACUGAAGAAGUUUCAGGCUUUAUCACAAAAAUGGUGGGAUAGAAAUGGAGAAUUUGCAGCUCUACAUGCUUUGAAUGACCUCCGUGUUCCUUUUAUCCGAGAUACGUUGUUGAUGCAUAGUGAAAAACAGCAAUUAGGACAUCCCCUUCAUGGCUAUCGAAUUUUAGAUGUUGGUUGUGGAGGAGGACUGCUGAGUGAGCCUCUUGGUAGGCUUGGAGCGAUGGUUACAGGAAUUGACCCUCUGGAAGAUAACAUCAGAAUAGCAGAUGUACAUAAAUCGUUUGAUCCAGCCCUGAAAGAACAGGUUCAGUAUUUAGCCUGCCCUCUGGAACAAAUGGCAAUGGAAGCACCUGGAAUGUUUGAUGCUGUUAUAGCCUCUGAAGUUGUGGAACAUGUCAGUGAUGUGGAAACUUUUAUCAGAUGUGCUGCACAAGUUUUAAAGCCAGGAGGAUCGCUUUUUAUAACAACAAUUAACAAAACAUUCCUGUCCUAUGCAUUGGCAAUUGUAGCAGCUGAGAAGAUAUUAAGAAUUGUACCAAAUGGGACACAUGAAUGGGAAAAGUUUAUUAGUCCUAAUAAAUUGGAGGCUCAUCUAAUAUCCAGUGGAUUCACAGUAGAGACUAUCAAUGGAAUGCUGUAUAAUCCCCUGUUUGGUUCCUGGAGUUGGAUUAUCAAUGCUAGUGUCAAUUAUGCGUUGCACGCAGUAAAAAACAAAACUGAAGAGAAAUCGGAUUUCAUGUCAGAAAGAAGUGACGGGAAAGACAAUGGCUCCUAUCAAUCAAAAUCCGAUGCUGGUUCUACAGUACACUCAUAAGAGAAUGAGCUUUUUUAGUCCAGCACUGCUAUGAAAAGCAGUUUUACUGAUUAAACUGCCUGAUUAUAGUGAUUAUGCUUGAUGGAACAUUUUCUACAUCAAGAGUGAAGAACAUUUUGCAUCUGGCCAACGAAAUUGUAACCGAUGAACCAUCAUUUUUAAAUACAGUGUGUUGGUGUGCUGACUGGUAACUUCAUUGUAAUUAUAAUAAAGUUAAUUUCAAAAAUGGUUUGCAGUGUUACUUUUAGCAUACAUUGUUUCAAACUAAUUACUUAAAAGCUCAAAACCAUUCAGUCUUAUUCCUUUUCGCUGUGGUCUUUCUUGUUUCCCAGCUCUUCCUAUUUACAAAGAUUAUUGUAAUUUUUUUUGAUUUGAAGAAGUUUUAAAUGUAUUUUUGCACACCGUGUUUGAAGCUGCCAAUGCCAGCAUCACAGCUUGUUGAUCCAACAGGGAUUUUUUUUUGUAUAAGUUUAACAGCCAAUCAUGAUUUUGGUAUAGUUGACAAUUAAUGUUUAAUAAAUUAAUUAUAUUGUGGGUCUUCUGGGGUUUGUUGAGUAAUAAACAAUAAACUUGGUUAUUUUUAAUAUUGCUGUUUACUAGAACUUGUGAUCUUGUACAUUUUCCUGCAAAUUACCAUGUUUAUGCUUUCUCAAAGGUAUGUUGAUCUUUGUUGGCUUUAAUGCCUGCAGUUUUGCACACAAUCCUGAAGGCACUGAAGUACCAGUUUGUGAGACCAAAAAGGUUGCUUCAAAGCAGCAUUCUGUAUAUGGUGAGGAGUGAGGAUUACUGCAGACUGAGGGAAAGAACAAGGUGGGACAGGCGGUGAUCUCCAUAAUAAAACCUUACCUGAUGGUUAUGAUUCUUCUUCUGCAGAGGACCAUUCACCCUUUUGCUAACAAAUAUCAGGAUGAUGUGUAUUUUCAUUCUGCUUUCUCAAUAUGCCUUGAAUCAUACAAAGGUCAUGUUUUGACCAAUCUCCGUUCAAAGCAAUAAUAAUAUAAGCAUUUUGUUGCACAUUUGUCUCUGGUUUGUUUGUGAACAAGGAAAGAAUUUUCAUUUAGAUAGCAUCUUUCAAAGUGUACUAAAGUCCUUCACACCCAGUUCAUUCAUUGUUGUAAACUUGUUUGAGCCCACCAAACAGAAACUUAAAAUUGAACUUAAUGUUCAUCUCCACAACUCUAUCAUUGUUGUUUCUUAUUGUCUUAAGCUGCAUAUUCAUUUCCAGGCCCAUGAAUUCUCUGGCAAUGAGAAUUCAUGCUGGGCACCCCCAAAGAAUCUGAAGCUCUGCGUACUUCCAGCUCAAAUAUUAAAAAUUGUUACCAUGCUCUCAAUGUACAUUUGCUCAAUGACUACGAGAAUAGAAUUGGGUCUAGGCCCGAAACGUCAGCUUUUGUGCUCCUGAGAUGCUGCUUGGCCUGCGUUGUCAUCCAGCUUCACACGUUGUUAUCUUGUACAUGUGGCUGUGUUUUCCCAUGGCACAGCCACUAUUUAUUCAUGCUGUGGCAAUUCAUUUCAUUAACCUUACGUGCAAGGCUGUAUUAUCUGUAAGGUGGCUUUUGGGAGACCAUGGGAGUGUACAGCUGCAGUGGGUCUUCCCUGUUCAACUGUGAUUGAUCAAUUUCUUUUUUCAGCAUAGGAUGUCACGGGAUAAAGUACAAAGAAGUGAGUGUCAAGCACAAUCUAAUUUCAUGUAAAAGUAAACUCAGAGGGUUGGAAGGACUACUUGUUCCAAAGCAAGCAAAUUUGUCAGAUAUCUGUGCACAAAAUAAAAUUGAAUACUGCAGGUUUGGAAAUCUGAAGUUUAAACAAAAAUAGUAAAUACUGGAAACAGUUGUCAAGAAAGAAACAAAAUCAUGUCAAGUCAAUGAUUUUCUAUCGGAACUGGAAGUGAUGAGUUUUGCUCGAGUUUCCCAGACAACAGUCACUUCAUGUGGGAUGAUGUAAACUGUAAAAGAUUGUACUGGCAUAUGUGUAUAGUUUAUUUACAUAUAAGCAAUGUUGUUACUUUAGUAUGCCAAAAUGGUAUAGAAAUAAAUGAGAACAUCUGUGUAUUUACAAAACUCACCGCUUAGAUGUUUCCUUAUGAAAUAUGUGCUGAUUUUACAGUAAGAGCAAAAAGUGAUAGUUGGCAAAGGGCAAAUUAGGCUCAAACAAACAUGCUUUUAUAGUUUUGAGAAAAAUAAUUCACAGGAGAACAGAGACAAGUAUUGUGCACAAUUAGAAGCAACAAAAGCUGUUGCCAGAGUAACUAAAAGGUCAUUGGAGAAGAUCGUGGACAGCUGUAAGACACAAUGGUAAAAGCUUUUUUGGCUAUGUCAGGAGUCAGAUUGCCAUGAAAGAUGCAUAGGGCUACUGAAGGAUUCAUAGGAUUGACUUAAAUGGACUCUUGGGGUAUAGUGAAGUCUGAAAUUAUUACCUUGCUGCAGAUUUCACUUCUAUAGGCAAGUUCAGUUUACUAACAAUGAACUACGCUGUCAAUUUGGAAAUUGUAAAACCUAACGUAGCUGAGGUUGAAUGAUCAGUUAGAUGGAAAUAGGAGCCACCAAAGAUAGGAUUGCCAGUCUAGAUGACAUUAGCAUAUAUUUUUGCCCAUAUCAUGAGUGUUUGAGCUUGUUACUUUAGACACAUACAGAUCCAAGGAUCAAUAAGAAUGCCAAGUCAUUACUAGAGAACUACUAAUUUAACUUCAGUAAUUGGCAAGAUGCUGAGAGGGUUCCAAGAAAUGGGAUCUGGAUAGAGAAGGAAACCCAGGAAAUAAUGAGCACGGCUUCUGAAAAGAAUAGCUCUGUUAAGAAGCCACUGGGUUAUCAAAUAUGGUUCAGUAGAAAUGAUUCCUUUCAAUUUUUAGACAGCUUUUGAGAAGGUGCCUCACAAAAAUUUAUCUUUUGCAUAUUUUGGGAUUGCUGGGAGGUUCCUGUAAUGGGUUGAGGAUUAGUUGAUUUUGCAUAAGCAGUAACUAUUAGUGGUUGUAGACUUGUUUAGAGACCAUUUGUCAUGAGUGCCCUGCAGGGAUGUGUUAGGUAUCUAGAUGUUAUUAACUUUACUAAUGACCUGAAUGCAACUAAAGGGAAUGAAAUACAAAUGUACAUGGACAAUGAAUCUUUAUAUAAUAAACUGAGUAAAGUGAA